AUGCCGCUCUUUGUUUCCCGGUGCUGCUCGGCCUUGAGCGUGAGCGACCCGCCGGGCCGUGCCCUGAAAAGUGCCCGUGUGCUGCAGGUCCCGGCGCUCGGAGUGUUUUGCGGUGCCCAGAUAAGCUGUUUUGCACCCAGCUCCUUCUCCUGGCGACAAGCUGCUUAUGUGGACUCCUACUGCUGGGCAGCUGUGCAGCAGAAGCAACCAUCCCAGAACAAUGUACAAAACAUUCCCCUGUGGCUGCACAAAUUCUUUCCAUACAUCCUUCUGCUCGUUGCUAUCCUGCUGUAUCUACCGUCUUUGUUCUGGCGCUUCACCACAGCACCUCACCUUUCUUCAGACCUGAAAUUUAUUAUGGAAGAACUUGACAAAGCCUAUAACAGGGCAAUCAAAGCUGCUAACAGCAUCCGCAGUGGAGACCCCAGGACCCCUACUGACUUGGUUCCAGCUGUUAAUGAGAACUUGACACAAAGUUUGUGGGAGAUAUCUGAAAGCCACUUUAAAUACCCAAUUGUGGAGCAGUACCUGAAGACAAAGAAGAAUUCCAAAUGCUUAAUAGUUAAAUACAUUAUCUGUCGUUUACUCACAUUAGUAAUUAUUUUCAUUGCAUGCCUCUACCUGGGCUACUACAUUAGCCUCUCCUCUUUGAGUGAUGAGUUUCUCUGCACUAUCAAAACUGGGAUCUUAAAGAAUGACACAACUGUUCCAGAAGUGGUUCAGUGCAAGCUUAUUGCUGUUGGUGUCUUCAAGGUACUCAGCUAUAUUAACCUGAUAGUCUAUCUUCUAAUCGUGCCACUGGUAGUGUAUGCAAUGUUUCUUCCGUGGCGGUGGAAUUCGGGUAUCCUUAAAAUGUAUGAAGUCCUGCCAACUUUCGAUGUUCUGAAACUGAAGUCAAAGUGUUUUGAUGACUUAAGCCUUUACCUCCUCUUUCUUGAGGAAAAUGUGAGUGAACUUAAAUCAUUUAAAUGCCUCAAAGUGCUGGAGAACAUUGCAGUUUCUGAGAAGUUUGAUGUCAUGCAACUUUUGGUAAACCUUGGUACUAUUAAGACAGAUACCGUAGAUGGGAAGCCAGGGACAGCUGUGUUGGAGAAGCCUGAAGAAACAACUACAGAAGAGCUGGAAAAAAAUGCAACAGAGCUACAAG